GGCUGCAGCCUUUGUGCCCAGGCAGCUCGCGGCUCCCGCCGCUGGGGGGCGGCCUCUCGUCCGCCGACCCCCGACAAUAGCGCGAGGGGAGGGCAGCUGCGCGGUCCCGGAAACUUUAACCUCGAGUCUUGGCCGCAGCUGCCAGCGCCCAGGACCGCAGAGCUGGGCGCACCCAUUUCCCGCCCGCGGUCUGGACGCUCCGCUGGGCCGCCGCGACAGAGCCGAACCCAGAGAAGGGGGCGCGGGGCGGUAGCGCCCACAGCUUCUGCGGCCGGGGGAAGCUGCGCGCGGGUCCCUGGCCACGCGGGUGGCUCCAACACUGGUCGGUGGAGGCGAGCCUGCCAUGGGGGAGGCGCCCACCCCCGAUCCAUCGCCCGCGCUUUGGGACUGGGGCUACCUGGACCGCUGCUUCGCCCGCCACCGCGUCUGCAUCUCCUUCGGCCUGUGGAUCUGCGCCUUCUCCUGCUGGAUCGCCGCCCACGCGCUACUUCUCUAUCUGAGAUGUGCAAAGAAAUCUGGACAGGACCAUUCGGCGCUGUGUGCUGCGUGCUGCCUCCUGACCAGCCUGUGUGACACAGUCGGGGCGGUACUGGCCAGACAGCUCACCAUCCAGGUUUUCACUGGUGCCUACCUAGCAGCUGUUGACUUGGUGAACUUUGUGUUCAUUCUCUUCCCAGUCUGUGGCUCCAAAGGGUCUAAUUCGGGUCAGCGCUCUCAGGACAGGAAGAGGAGGCGGCGGCUCAGGGCCAGCAUAUUUGCGCUGGCCCUGCCCCUGAGCCUGGGCCCUGGCUGGGCUCUCUGGGCUGCUGUCCUGAAGGCUUCAGGCCCCAUCCAAGGGCCACAGCGGAGGCUGCUGGGAAGUGUGCUGCAGGACAAUACUGAAAUCCUCGGCUACCUGCUGGGUGGCAUCGCGGCCUUUGGCUCCUGGGCUUCCCGGAUCCCCCCACUCUCCAGAAUCUGCCGUGGUAAGCCGUUUCCCUUCAUCCACCUGUGGACCCGGCUCCUGUUCGCCCUGGCUGGCCUCCUGUACGCCUCAGCCAUCGUGGCCCAUGACCGGCGGCCUGACUACCUGCUGCGGGCCACUCCCUGGUUCCUGAUCUCCCUCGGCCGUGCUGCGCUGGACCUCGCUAUCAUCUUCCUUUCCUGGGUGAUGAAAAGCAAGAUGAGGCGGGCCUUGGGAUUUCCUUCGGAAGCCAGAGAGAGCACCGACACCCAAGCCCUUCUGACCUGCGCAGAGAAAGAAGACACCCGGGAGGCGAGGAAUGAGAAUUUGGAUUGGGUGCCUCUCACCACACUACCACACUGCAAGUCACCAAGGACAAUGGCAGCCAUCAGUCGCUACAUGGAGCUGACCAUUGAGCCAGUGCAGCAGGCAGGCUGCAGCGCCACCAGGCUGCCUGGCGACGGACAAACAAACACGGGAGCUGCAUCCCUGCAGGAGCCCCCCUCCUACCCUCCCGUUCAGGUCAUCCGGGCCCGCGUGUCUUCCAGCAGCUCCUCCGAGGUCCCCUCCAUCAACUCCGACCUUGAGCACAAGUAUUGGGAAGCCCUAAACUCGGAGCAGUGGGACCCUGAAGAUGUAAACUUUGAAGGGAACAAAGACAACAUGGAGAUGCUUAGAUACCAGAUGCACAGGUGCUUUGUGAGUCCAGUGGACUUGACCUCUGAUGAGUGACUUUCUGGAGCCAGCUCAACAGCGCAGAGCCCCAAGUCAAGUGUUUGUCAGGAACUGAGGAAGGAUCAACCGGCAGUGACACCCAGGGUAGGAAUUUAAGCUUCUGCCGAGGCUGCCCAAGAAAGUGAGGAACCAGGAGCUGUCACAGCUUGGCUGGCCUGUGCCAUGGCUCAGAAUGGAGCUAAGACUUUGAGUCCUGUGGACAGACCUGACAUGCCCAGAGUUUGUUCUGAAAAUUACAAGUUUAUAGAGCACCCUUGCUUUGAAAUAUAAAACUUCAUCUAAAGGACAUUGGACCCUCUUUUCCCUUUCCCUUUCGAUUCAGCCAUACUCUGAAUAUCUGCCAAGUGCCAGGAAUGAGUUCAUCUAACAAAUAGUUAAUGUGUUUGGUUGGAUCUCAGUAGAGCCCCAUUCUGUAAGACCUGGCUAAGCCUAGGAGAUGGGAGGGGUCAGCCCACAUGCUGCGGAGUUGGGGGGACACAAUCACAGGUACUGAUGGGACCUGGCUCUGGCCCUCUGGUCACCCACUUGAGUUUUCUGCUGGAAGUUAGAGAUAGAACUGCUUGGUCAACCAAGUGUUUGUGAGGGUAAGCGAAGUAAAUUUCUCUAGGUACCAGGACUUGUUCCAGCUUGGCAAGGUGUAUGCUGGGACACAGCGUGCAGGUGAGGGGGACGGUCUGCGUCAGGAGGUAACUGAAAGCAUGCAGAGGGUAAGAGGCAUGGCAGGAGGUGUUAAAUUCAAGCACAGCCAUCCCAUUUUAGGAUUGUUUUGAUACUGUGAUCACAGAUGAGGGGGACGGUAGAGGGACUGAAGUGAAUAAACCCUGACUGAGUGUGGAGCAGAGAUAGGUCUGAAUCCCAGCACAGCCACAGAAGUCUGCCACAAGAGGAAGUGGGAGAAAUGCCAAGAAACAGCUCUGCUCCUGGCUGGCCCCUGGCAGCCUGUGUGACUCAGCUGCUGCUGCCUGCUUUCUCCUAAGGGGUAGUGCAAGUCCUGGCAGCAUGAAGAAGGGGGUGCCUUAGGGAAACAGGUUGGCUCCACAUAUCUCUGCCGAGAUCCUAAUCUCCUGGGUGAUCUCUGAGCUAGAAGUAAACUUCAAGCAACCCUACGUAUCCCCUUUAUCCAACUGCUUUGGUCCCUGAUUGUCUUGUAAUGGAGUUUGCUAGUCAGUUUUGCGUUGUGAUCUUAACCACCGAAGCUGUACUUUGAGGGAAGAGGAAAAUAUGAAUUGGCAGGGUGGGUGCAGUGUGUAUGUGUGGAGAAUUCCAGAAGAUGAAACUGUACAGAGGAUUGAAAGCAGGGAAGGGUGGAAUCCAGUCAAGGCAGGAGGCAUCCGAUGUGGCCAGGAUAGGUUAUGUGCUGUAAGGAGUGGAUAAAGAGGCCAGAAAGCAAGCCGACUGUGAAGGCUGGGAAGUUGGUACUUAAUUCUGUGGCCAAUGUAGCCAUAGAAGAUACCAGAGUAGGAAGGUGGCUGACGUGCCUCACGUAGGCCACAGCUAAUUGGUGAGUUUUUAUCCCUGUGGCCCCAAAUUUUCAGGAAGCAGAAAUGUACAGUCAUGAGAUACAGUACGAAUAUGGGGAACGUGUUUAAUCUGAGUGGUAACAGCAGGGCAGGAGGACAGCUCAUCUUUAGAAAGGCAGAGGCACGGGAAUAGGAUGACAUCUCUGUAGUUUCCUUUAGCGCAUCCCCCUCUUUCAGGGGGAGGCUGGCGCAUGCUCCCCGAGGCACCAGAAAUUGGCUGGCUCCUGAUGGAAAUGGCCAUUCAUCCAAGAACAUGAAACGAUUUUCUUGUGUGUGUGGGGGCAGUGGGUAUAUGAGACAUCGCUAUACCUUCCUCUCAAUUUUGCUGUGAAUUCAAAACCGCUUUUAAAAAAUAAAGUCUUAACAAAAUAAUCUUGCUUUCAGCAGCACAAACUAUUAAUAUUUGAGCUCCAGAUGUUGUCUGUGUCCUUACAUCCCAUCGUCCCCGCCUCUUCCUUCACAAACCAGUUCCUAGCGUCGCGGUCCAAGCUUGUCUCAAAGCUGAACCCCAAGUCUCUUCAUCCAGGGUGAAAACUAUUAAACUGGGAAUUUUGGAAGCAGAGUUUGGCCUCGUUGUUCAAUGAGAAUCUGCCUGUGAUGCAAAGCUCUGGAACUCUGGAGCCUUUGUGAAGAGGUAGCAACCAAAUGCCUUUCUCCUGGUAGGAGUGUCCUUGCUUCUGCUGCAGACUCAUCCCUAGCUGUUAGUCAGGCCAGGAGGAUCAUGGGAGUUAUAUGCCCUGAAGACUAACUGAGCAGUGCGAGGCGUUACCUACGCUGGCGAGAGGCUGGGGAACAGAUGUGUAAUCCUCCUCUGCCCACUCAUCUGGAGAUAAGAGAUGACAGUCUUAGUUGCGCUGCCUACUAUCUGCAUGGCUUGGAGCACGCAUGUUACCUCACCUUCGUGAACUCUUGAGGUAGACUGAGAAGAAUAACUAGAAAGCUUGUAGUGAAGACUGAGUGAAUUAACAUCUAUGAAAUGCGUAACACAAUACCUGACUCAAAGGAGACAGAAGCAGGAUUAGUUGCCUUCCGCCCUCUACUUCCUGGCCACAAAUGCAUGAAAGGCAGUAACCAAUGAGGCCCACAGUUGGAAAGGACUUCAGUGAUUUGAAUUCCCUUGACAACGACCCCAACAAAUGAUUAUCCAGGCCCUCUUUAAACUUUUCCAAUAAAAAAAGAUUGCACCCAUUUUAGCUCCCAAAGAAAUGUGUGUCAUUUAGGGAGAGCUCUCAUCACUAAGACUUUCUCAAAAUCCUGUCUAGAUGCUAAAGAACUAGUCCUCUUAUUUCCUGCCAGUACUUUAUUAUGAUGAAUUUUUAAAUUUUAUUAACUUUAUGGGGGUGACGUUGCUUAAUACAACUAUAUAGGUUAGAUUUGUGAGUAUCAUCUGUGCCCCACACACAUCAUGUUUGUUACAAUGGGGUGAGUUCCUAUCGGGUAAGGAGGGGCACUGGGCACGAGGCAUGGCCAGGCACCAGCUCCAGGUCUGAUUCUGUACGAUCCUUGUCAAGGCAUUUCCCUUUCUGGGUCAGUUUCCUCAUCUGUAAAAUGAAAGUUAGGCCCGAUUUCUUUCCUUUUCUCCCUCUUAUGAAUAUGCGAGUGAAUUUUUGUUUCCCACAGAGUUUUAUAAACCCUCAAGAAAAACAUACUAUUAAGCCAAAUUUCAGAUAUACUUUGAAAAUAGGUUCCGUUAUAUUUCUUUGUUUGGUUUGACUAUCUGUUUAAGAUGAAAUUUGCCUUUAUACGAAGCACACAGUGCUUGCUAUCACCUGAAGAGGUCACAGCAUUUGACAUUUACAAAUUUUGCCGUUCCUUCGAGUACUGAAAACCAAAAACUGUAACUCCUGGUUUCCAAACUUGGGGAUUCUGGUCACUUCAUGCACUUUCUUCAUUGAGAGUCUCUAUUAUUGGCAGUUUAUUUUGGUGAAGCCUCAU